AUGCUCUUUAUGAUCUCACUUGUAUUUGAGAUAUAUCAUGCAACAUUCCAUGCAUUUUUCUUGAUCUUUAUCAUUCAGUUUGGACUUAUCUUUACUGUAUUAUUUAAAGCCGCUCCUAUAGAGGAAUAUGAAGGAGUGAGUGCUUUUGGUUACUAUUUAAUGAUAUUCAGAAUCGCUGCUGGUGAUUUCGCUACUGACAACUACAAAGAUCAAUCACAAUAUUUAGUCAUUCUAACUUGGAUAGUCUGGGUUAUUGCUGUAAUCGCCCUGAACGUAGUUUUCAUGAAUUUCAUAAUUGCAGUUAUUUCAGAAUCUUAUGAGAAGGUUAUGUAGAAGAUUGUAGCAGAGUCCUACAAGGUAAAGGUUCAUAUGAUCAAGGAGAGAGAAUAAUUUUUUACCAAUUAAAACCAAAUUAAAGAGGCAUAUUUCCCACAAUACCUAGUUCUAAGAAGACCACAUUUAGGUGAAUGGCAAGGUUUUAUAAAGGAUUUAAAGAGUACAAUGAAGACUACUGUUGCUAAAUCUAGAAAUGAUAUUAUCCAGAGUCUAGCAGCAAAUUAACAGUAAAUUUAGAUACUUAAGAAUGAUUUGAAUUCUUUUGAAAAGAGAAUUGACAGUAAAACUUAAGCUAACCAUGAUGAAUUGAAAUCUCAAAUGGCUUAAUUACAUAAGCUUAUGACAGAGAAAUUUGGUGGAAUUUGA